AUGCCAAACAUAAAGGUGUUUUCUGGCAGCUCAAACCGCGACUUGGCUCAAAAGAUAGCCGACCGUAUUGGCUGUCGAUUAGGCAAGGUUACUUCUAAAAAGUUCAGUAAUCAGGAGACAAGUGUUGAGGUUGAGGAGUCAGUCCGCGGGGAAGACGUUUAUAUAAUACAAACUGGCGGCGGAGAAGUCAAUGACAACCUUAUGGAACUACUCAUAAUGAUUAGCGCCUGUAAGAUCGCUUCAAGUUCCCGAGUGUCCGCAGUCAUCCCCUGUUUCCCAUACGCAAGGCAAGACAAAAAGGAUAAAUCACGCGCUCCUAUCUCUGCAAAAUUAGUAGCUAAUAUGCUGUCAGUUGCCGGAGCUGAUCAUAUCAUAACGAUGGACUUACAUGCCAGUCAAAUCCAAGGAUUUUUCGAUAUCCCUGUUGAUAAUUUGUAUGCUGAGCCUGCAGUUAUCAAAUGGGUCAAAACAAAUAUACCAGAAUGGAAAGAUUGUUGUAUUGUUAGUCCAGAUGCUGGUGGCGCUAAAAGAGUAACUUCAAUCGCGGAUCAGUUAAAUGUCGAUUUUGCCUUGAUUCACAAAGAACGGAAACGUGCAAACGAAGUGGAUCGUAUGGUUCUUGUUGGAGAUGUAAAUAACCGUGUCGCUAUCCUGGUUGAUGAUAUGGCAGAUACAUGUGGAACGAUAUGCACUGCGGCAGACAAAUUGAUUGAAGCUGGCGCUGAGCGUGUUUACGCUAUCUGCACUCAUGGUAUAUUUUCAGGCCCAGCUUUGGAGCGAAUUAAUAAGUCAGCUUUCGAAGCUGUCGUUGUAACAAAUACUUUGCCACAAGAAGAAAAUAUGCGGAAAGCUCCUAAAAUUCAGUGUAUUGAUGUAAGCACUAUGUUAGCUGAAGCUAUCCGUCGAACACAUAAUGGUGAAUCUGUCUCCUAUCUAUUUAAUCAUGUCCCUUUGUAA